CGGCCUCUCCCUCCGUCUCUCUGCUUGAGAAGGUAAGGCCGUAACAAAGGACGGAAAGAGAAGAAAGAGUGAUAUCGCCGCAUCGAUUUAUGCGGCAAUAACUUACAAGAGGAAGAGGAUAAGCGACUCCCCCCAUCGCCAUGACCUCUAUCUCGGCUUCCUCUCCGCCUCCCCCUCAUCUCCUCCGCCGUAGCAGUGCCUGUGCCCGCCCCUCCUCCUCGUUCCGGCUUAUCCCCUUCCCGCCCCUCCCCGCCCCACUCCCCCUCGCUUGCGUCGCCAGCUCCGAGGGAGGGAAGGUCAAGAGCCAUGCCGCCGACAAAGAUCCGACCCUACUCAGACGACCCUUGACCUCCUCCCCCUCGCCGGAAAAUGGCCGGGACUCCACCUUUGACUCGCCCGCGGAGGCCCGGGGAAGAAACGGGCGGCGAAAGGACGAGGAGUGGGUGGACUGGGAGGAUUUGAUCUUGCAGGACACCGUGCCCCUGGUCGGAUUUGUCAGGAUGAUCCUCCACUCUGGAAAAUAUGAGAGUGGUGACAGACUCAGUCCAGAACAUGAGAAGGCGAUUCUAGAAAGGUUGCUUCCGUACCAUCCAGAGUUUGAAAAGAAGAUAGGAUGCGGAAUUGAUUAUAUCACGGACAAACUGGUACUGCUGCCUGUCGUUAUGCUCUGGAACGUCCUUGUUCUGACACAACCAUGAUAGGAGGAGGGGAGAAAAAGAAAAAGAGAGGAGGGAAGGAAAACCAUAGGAAAGAAAGAGAAGAAACACAUGUUCAUCAACACAUACAAUAUACCCAUCUGUUUACAUCCGAUGGUAUUCCUUGUCAUUGGCAGUGGAGCCUUGGUCACCGGUAAUGGAAGCACUCAAUAACCAGUUGGGUUUCUGUUCAUCUGCCUUCACUUGAGCCAAAGCUUAAAUCUAGCAUUGGAACAAUAGGGCCCAACCAGCGUUCCUUUGUCAAUCUUGAUUGGUACACGAUGAACCGGAAACUUGCUUUCUCCUGUAAGGUAAACCAGUCUUUAAUCCAUGACUAGUACAUACUAGGUGGUAUAUAUAAAAUGUAGUAAAACAGGACUCGAAUGGCACUUGUACUUUUUGAACUUAAAAUGGAACCCUUAACUGCUGA